AUGAGCGUAUCCUCGUUGCCCCCCUUCCUGCCAACGUUGUUGACGUCUUUGCUAUUACUGAUUGGUGAUGUGCGAUCGUCUUGUUUCACAUCGCUUCCACAGCGGUAUUCGUGCCAACAGGACAUCGGAAAAUCAACUACCGGUAGGAUAGGGAGCCUUGCCGCCAAGCCCUGGAAGAAGAAACGUAUACCCCCAGAUCAAGUGUUACCUGAACUGAUUGUGUUAGAUCUGGAUAACUGUCUAUGGACUCCUGAGCUCUAUCAGCUCAACCCGAAAAAGAUACCACAAGCCCGUAGAGAUAUUCAACUAUUCCCAGAGGUACCACUGAUCUUCCAAUCCAUUCUCGAGCUUCAGCAGCAGAACACUGAUGAUCCACAACCACCCAGCACCCAAUGGGCCAUUGCUUCGCGGGCUCAAAACGAAGAAUGGGCACUGCAGUUGCUGAAAGACUUUUCAAUAUCGGAAGAUUUGUCCAUCUCCGACGUGGUCCCUCCCCCCAACAUUCAAAUCCAAGGAGGUACCAAGAAACGACAUUUUCAAAGUUUGCGGCAAUCCACGGGAGUUCCCUAUCACAGAAUGAUGUUUUUUGAUGAUUGGGUUGUCAAUUUGCAGGAAGUCUCGCAACUGGGAGUCCUGGGUUGCCACUGCCCGCAUGGCAUGACCUUGGAUAUCUUUCGGCACGGGCUGAAUGAGUAUCAUGACUUGAAGAAGAAUCAAGCUGAUGGUGACAACGUUUGGAUGGGAUACAUCAUAUGA